AUUAUUUUAUCAUUUCCCCGCGAUAUUCUAGACAUUUUCAUCGAUUAUAUUAAUUCGAAUGCACGAAAAAAAUGUAGAUCGAUGUGACGUAGUAAACUGGCACAGUCUUGGGGUAAAAAACGUCCUAAUGACUGCCGAUUGUAUGAAUGGUAUGGAAUGGAGUCGCAUGUCACAGCUGAUAGGACGACGCCGACGUCCCCACGUCACGACGCUUGCAAUUCGAUUCUGUUUCCGGACGACUUUCGCGCUGUGCACCUCGCUGGUUUUCCCGGAACGAUUUUCGCGAGUUCCACGACCCGAUGUCGAAUUUUCCUCUAUAUAAAAUGUGUGGGAAUAGCUAUGAUGUGUGAAUAAUAUUCGUAGGAAUCCUGGGCUUUUUCUUGUCGAAGUUGACUAAUAUGUUUGAAGAAUGUUUUGGUAAUGGCCCUUUUGUAUUCAGGAUUAACGAUAAUGGACUAGGGCCGCAACUUUUGACACAGGUUUGCUUAGAAAGAGGUUGGAGAGAAUACAACUCUGAAAACGAGAGCUGGAACCUUUGGUGGAAAACUUCAGGGUUCCCAGUAAGCCAUCACAGAAGCCUCUAUGCUUGGCAGUAUUUGAACCACAUUCCAAAAGGGGCCUCAAUAUGCAGAAAGGACAACCUCGUGAGGUAUCUGAGGUGUAUGAGGAAAGUUUAUGGGGCCAUUUAUGAUUUUAUCCCCCAUGGCUAUAAUCUACCACUGGAAUACACAAAACUAGCUGCUGAGUGUAGUAGAGGCAGACCUGCUAGUGGAAAAGAUGACCCUAACAAGUAUUUUGAAGAAAAGCCAAUAUGGAUAUGCAAACCUGUAGCUCAAAGCCAAGGAAGGGGCAUUUUUCUGUUCCGGAAACUCAGUGAACUGAAUUACGACAGCAACACCAUAGUCCAACGUUACAUCGAGAAACCCCUGCUGAUCGGCGGCUACAAAUUCGAUCUCAGAUUGUACGUGUGCAUCCCAUCGUACCACCCUGUAACCAUCUACAUGUACAGGGAGGGCUUGGCCAGGUUCGGAACAGACAAAUUCAGCUUGAACGACUUGAGGAACCCUUUCAGGCACUUGACGAACUGCUCGAUCAACAAAUUAGGGCCGGGGUACUCAGAAAUGAAGGACAGGGUCGGAUCAGGUUGUAAAUGGACCCUCAGACAGCUUAGAAGGUACUUUCAACAAGCUGGGAUAUCUGAUUGGCUGUUGUGGCAAAAGAUAACAUCCCUGAUUACUUUGACUGUGCUGAGUCACGUCAGCCAAAUUCCUCCUUCCACAAAUUGCUUUGAAUUCUUUGGAUUCGACGUUUUGAUAGAUAGAGCAAUGAGACCUUGGCUUCUUGAGGUUAAUUUAAGCCCAGCACUAAGCAAUGAUUGUGAUGCAGACAGGCUGGUGAAAAAACCAAUGCUACAUGAUAUGUUUGAUCUACUCGGAUUGCCCCUGUAUAACACAGGUCUUUCCAUAUUCAACAUUUCUUCAGACGACAUUGAUGAAAAUUCCAAGGAGAAUAAUGUAUCAUCUCUGAUGAGCACUAUUUCUGUGGUGAAUGCAGCUGGCCGUUGGAGGAGAAAACAAAAGAAAAUGUCCGCCAUACACUCCAGAUCUGGAUCUGCCAUUAGAACCAGAAGUAGAUCCACUUCUGCCAACAUUCAAAAAAACUACAUAAUGCUGCCAAAGGUCCAAGUGGAUUUACGAAAUCCAGGAUCUCCAAGUCAAAGUGGUCCACUGCCAAAACAAAUGGGUGACGAUUCCAAGAGAGGAGACUCGAAAAGCUGGGGAAACGGUAGAGAUUGGAACCUCGCAAAACCCCGAGAAGGCGGAUGGGUCCGAAUAUGGCCACUGGCCUUAUUAGAAGCUCCCAUCAAUAAGAGCAACAAUAUCAAUAGUAAUGGGCAUAUAAAAGCUAUGGUUCAAAAAGUUUCAAAAUUCACGAAGAAAGCGAAAGAUCUGGCCAAAAAACACCCGACAGCUUCGGAAAGCCAGCUGAGUGAGUAUCUUCAGGAAGAGCUGGAAAUACAUGGAGACAUCUGGAUUCCACCAAUUUGAAAGAAAAAUCCGCAAAUAAAAAUUCAUAAACUGCCGCUAUUGCCAAAUUUAUGUUAAGAAGCUGAAAACAUUUGACAUUUCUAUUGCUGACAACUUUUACGAUCUCUGCUUCAUUGAAAUGUAAUUCCUCACUUUGUGUUACAGCCAAUCUGCUUAAAUAUGAUAUAACUGUUAAACUUUUCUCGAUUUUUGUUAAUGAAUAUCCAC